UAAGUUUAACUUGAAGCUCUAUCUUCUUGCACUGUGCUCACAGUUGCUACCUAAGAUUAUAGUGCUGAGAGUGGUGGCUGGUGAAAGUUUACAGAAGGAACUCCAUCGAGGUUUUCAGUAUAAAUAAAAAUUCUCGAAGUAUUCAGUGCAUCACCACCGCUCUGCAACGAAGUGGAAGAACCCAUUUAUUGCUGUGUGCAGAAUGCAUAUUUAGCAAGCGGCUGAUGGUGGGUGAAAAUUCUUACGUCUUGAAAGGAUUACGCUCAUGGCCGCGGGGCAAAUGGAGUACGUCGAGGUGCCGCGGGCGGCCGCCAAAGAGCGCGUCCUGCUGGCCGACAUGAGGAUCGAGGUGUCGCCCCGGCGCUGGCUGGUGCUCGCGGCCUUCCUGCUCUUCUGCGUGUCCACCAACUACCAGUGGGUGCAGUACACCAUCGUCGGCGACCUGGUGGCGCGCUACUACCGCGUGCCCGCCGCGCGCGUCGACUGGACCUCGCUCGUCUUCAUGGGCGCGCUCAUCGCGCUCAUGCUGCCCGUCAGCUUCCUGCUCGAGAAGAAGGGCGUGGGCUGGAGCACGAAGGUCGGGGCGCUGCUGCUGGCCGUCGGCUCGUGGCUGAAGGUGGCGGCGGUGGCGCCGGACCGCUUCCUGCUGGCGCUGGCGGGCCAGGGGCUGGUGGGCGCCUCGCAGGUGUUCCAGCUGGGCUCCCCGGCCAGGCUGGCGGCCGUCUGGUUCCCCGCCCCUCAGCUGUCCACCGCCUGCGCCAUAGGCGUGCUCGGCAACGAGGUGGGGGCCGCCUUCGGGUUCCUGCUGUCGCCGUUGCUGGUGCGGCCUCACGACCACCCGGAAGACAUCGGCCGGGACCUCAGCUCCUCGAUGCUGCUCACCGCUGGCGCCUCCACAGUCAUAUUCCUGCUCGUGGUGCUGCUGUUCAAGGACAAACCGAAGUUGCCACCCAACCCCAUGCAGGCCAUCGAGCGCUAUACCUGUACGCCGGUGACCUUGAACGAUUUCUUCAGAAGUAUCGGAGUGUUGCUGACCAACAGGAACUACUUGCUCAUGCUGGCUUCCUGUGGAAUCAGUGGCGGAGCCUUGAAUGUUGUGGGCACCAUCCUCAACCCUAUCAUUCUACGCCACUUCCCGGACGGGCAGGAGCUCGCCGGGCGGGUGGGCCUGGUCAUGAUGGUGUCCGGCAUAGCGGGCAUCGCGCUGCUGGGGGUGCUGCUGGACAUCACACACAGGUUCCAAGAGACGGCUCUGGGAGCCUUCAUUGUGCAGACAGUGGCGUACGCUGGAUUCACCUUCGUGCUUAGGGAUGAGAAUGUCAUCUUGAUCUACAUCACUGUGGCCUUUAUUGGGUUCUCCCUCUUCGGCUACGUGACAGUGGCGUUCGAGUUGUCGGCCGAGGUGACGUACCCUGUGUCCGAGAGCACCAUGGGCUGCCUGCUGCUCAUCCCUGCCAACAUCCUGGGCUUCUCGAUGACCAUGGCCUUCACCUGGGUGCUUGAGCACUGGGGCGACCUGCCCGCCAACAUACUGAUGAUCGGCUGCCUGACGCUGGGGUCCAUCCUCACUAUCUUCGUCCGCAAGGACUACCGCCGGCUGGCUGCCAACACCGCUCCCGUAAAGGUCUAGGGUUUGCUGCUGCCGAACAGUACCAGUGGCCUUCACCUGGGUCCCGGAGCAAUACGGCGACCUGUCCGUCACAUGCUGAUGAUCGGCUGACUGGCAGUUUGGUUCCAUCCUCACCGCCUUCGUCCACGAGGACUAUGGUCACCUGGCUGCCAACACCACUCCCAUAAAGGUCUAGGGUUUGCUGCUGCCGAACAGUACCAGCGGCCUUCACCUGGGUGCUGGAGCACUGGGGCCACUUGUCUGCCAACGUACUGAUGAUCGGCUGCCUUGUGCUGAGGUCAAUCCUGAUUGUAUCCGUCCGCAAGAACUACUGCCGGAUUGCUAAAAAGACUGCUUCCAUCAAGGACUACAUUUUUCUGCGGUGGUUAUGUACCAGGGUCUUUAUUUAUCCCUUGUUCCAUCUCAUGAAGUGAUUUAAUAGAAAACAAACAUACAAAAAAGUUGCCAAUUGUAACUUUUUUAACUUGGGACUUAUUAUUCUCUGUAUUUUCUAUUGAUGUCAAAGAUUUGUAAUAUUGUGUGUAUAGAAAAUACAAUAUUUAUAAUUCUUUA